AUGAAAUUGACGCUCGCACAUGUUGCAGAUGCCAGGUUGGCUUUAGCUCAACACAUCCGUGCAUUCGGGGCGGAGCGCUAUUUUUCCGACACAACAGCCCCUACUGUCAUAAUCCAUGUGCGAGCGAAAGUUGUGCCUCAACGAAAGGUCACCCUACUCAAAGAGCUGGCCAACAAUCCGGAAAACCUGAAGCUUACAAUGGAUCCUUACGAGUUCUGGCCCUGGUAUCCAGAGGGUGUCAGUCGUAUAAUUGCAGCUGGUGCCAGUAAUUAUAUCGCAAUCGUGGACGAAAGCACCGUUCUUAAAUUUCCUAUCGUGCCUCCCCAGGAAGAAGACGUCUACACGAUCGGUGGCCUUAACUAUCGAAGACAGCUUCGAGAGGCAGCGGUCAAGGGCCUAGAAGUUGAAGAGCGGAUACUACAGCACCUUGGGCCACAUCCUAGAGUAAUUCGCCUCAUACAGAGACACAGGGAUGGUCUCCUUCUCGAAAAUAUGGCAAAUGGAUCUGUACAGAAGUACCUCCAAGAGAAUGAUUCCAAAACAUCACUGUACCAGAAAUUGGAGUGGGCAUGGCAGGCUGCGGAGGGUCUUGCUUAUAUUCAUGAGAGAAAUGUUUUACAUUGCGACUUCAGCAUCGGAAACCUUCUUCUUGACAGUAACCUAAUGGUUAAGCUUUGCGACUUCCAAGGAAAGCUUCUAGAUAGUGAUGGCUCGAUUAUCCUCGAUGGAGGAGCCGCUGUAAACACUAUAUCAUCAAUGCCUCGCCCAGACUAUAAUAUCUGCAACCAAAAGUCGGACAUAUUCGCAUUAGGGACGGCUAUAUAUAUUAUGAUUACCGGUCAGUCACCCUUUCCGGGACUAGAUCCUAUAGAUGAUGAGCACGAGAUCCAAAGACGAUUUAGAGAGAGCGACUUUCCUCCUUUAAAGACUCUUUAUGUAGGAGACAUCGUACGAAAAUGCUGGAUGCAACAAUAUGCACAAGCUACUGAGAUUAUGGACGAUAUACGUCGGUUACAGGGCUACGAGGCUGAGAGGUUGGAGAAUCGUGAAACUCGUUCAAAGUAAUGCGACCCGGUCAGUAUUUUGAUCGCCUCCGUCUGCUGCAUGAAAGGAGAUAAAUUACAUCUUGGCGAUGGUACGACUCAACUCGUAGUAUCUGCUAGGAUUUUUGAAUUGCUCAUGAAAGAGCUGUCAUGUGACGUGAGACUCUUGGAAUAGAGAAGUGUAUAAUAGCAAGCGUUGAUUACGUAGUAGUCGCAGUAGUUCAUCGAUAGCCAUUGUACCAUCAAGUACUGCGGACGUUAAACUUGUAGAUGUCAUCAGUCGGCUAGGAUUACAUGAGUGUAAAUUUUCGCGACACCUGAAGUCGAUCCGAUG